ACUAACUUUAUUUCGAAAAAAUGGCGGAUGCUGCGGCACGAUCGCUGCAGUUUGAGUAUAAAGCUAAUUCUAAUUUAGUUUUACAAGCUGAUACUCGUUUAAUUGAAAGACGACCAAGAGAUGAAGCUACAGGUGAAGUUGUAUCUCUUGUUGGAAAGUUGGACGGAACCCGCAUGGGUGAUCGGUACCAGAGAACUAAGCCGGCUAAAACCGAAGAGAAAAAAGCAAAGCGUGUGAAACGUGAUGAAACCAAAUAUGAUUUUUCGAAACUUAAAGGGCAGACAUUGCUCUCUGAAGGCAUUGAAGAUAUGGUUGGUAUUUUAUAUCGACCCAAAACAGCCGAGACAAAACAAACGUACGAAGUAUUAUUGAGUUUCAUACAAGAAGCUUUAGGUGAUCAGCCUAGAGAUAUUCUUUGUGGAGCAGCAGAUGAAGUUCUUGCGGUUCUGAAAAAUGAAAGAAUUCGUGAUGACAAAGAAAGAAGACGACAAACCGAAAGUCUUUUAGGAACAUUAGCCCAGGAGAGGUAUGCAGUGUUGGUUAAUCUCUGUAAAAAGAUAAAUGAUUAUGGUGUUGAUGAUAAAGUUCAAACUACUGAGGACAAUAUUGAUGAAACAUAUGGUGUUAAUGUGCAGUUUGAAGAAUCUGAUGAUGAAGAAGAAGAUAUAUGUGGAGAGGUGAAAGAAGAAGAUUCAAACGAUGAGAAUGAAGGUGACGAAGCUAUGGUUGAUAGUACUUUACAUGCGACGAAUUUGGGUACAGGUCAAGAUACUUUGGGUAAAAGUGGCAAAGGACUACAUCCUCGAGAUAUUGAUGCAUAUUGGUUACAGAGAAAAUUGAGUAAAUUUUAUGAUGACCCUGUGAUUGCUCAAACAAAAGCUGGAGAAGUUCUAGAAAUUCUCAAAACAGCAGUAGAUGAUCGUGAUGUUGAAAAUCAAUUGGUGUUAUUAUUAGGUUAUAAUCAGUUUGAAUUUAUAAAAGUCCUGCGUCAGCAUCGUCAAAUGAUUUUGUAUUGUUCCUUGCUUGCAUCUUUGCAAAGUGGAGCUGAAAAGUCAAAAUUAAAAGAAAAAAUGCAGAAUGAUCCAGAAUUAGAGAAAAUUUUACGUCAGUUGGAAAAUACUGACAAAGAAGAUAUAAUACAAGAAGAAAGAGAACGUAGGGCUCAAGUUCGCCAAGCAAGAGUUGAUGCAGAUAUUGAAGCAAUGGAUAUUGAUGGUGAGAGCAUACCACAACUUCAGCAGUGUCGUGUUUUAGAUCUUGAAGAUAUCUCCUUUUCUCAUGGCAGUCAUUUUAUGGCUAACAAACGUUGCCAACUGCCAGACGGUUCCUUCCGGAAACAAAGACGUGGUUAUGAAGAAAUUCAUGUACCUGCAUUAAAGCCAAAACCAUUUGAUGCAAAUGAAUCCUUGGUGGCCAUUGAAAAAUUACCAAAAUAUGUUCAACCUGCCUUUGAAGGUUAUAAAAGUUUAAAUCGUAUUCAGAGCCGACUUAGCAAAGCUGCUUUGGAAACUGAUGAAAAUUUAUUGCUUUGUGCUCCCACAGGAGCUGGUAAAACAAAUGUUGCAUUAUUAUGCAUGAUGCGAGAAAUUGGCAAACACAUAAAUUCUGAUGGUACAAUUAAUGCAGAUGAAUUCAAAAUUAUCUAUGUUGCUCCCAUGCGUUCCUUAGUACAGGAAAUGGUGGGAAACUUCAGCAAACGUUUGAGCUCUUACAAUAUUCAAGUAUCAGAAUUAACAGGUGAUCACCAACUUACUAGAGAGCAGAUAAAUGCUACUCAAGUCAUUGUCUGUACACCUGAAAAAUGGGAUAUUGUAACUAGGAAAGGAGGUGAAAGAACAUAUACUCAGCUGGUAAGGUUAAUGAUUUUUGAUGAAAUACAUCUUCUACAUGAUGAAAGAGGUCCAGUCUUGGAGGCAUUGGUUGCAAGAACCAUUCGCAACAUUGAAAUGACACAGGAAGAAGUACGACUUGUUGGUCUCAGUGCCACCCUUCCAAAUUAUGAAGAUGUUGCUAGCUUUUUACGAGUAACUCCUGCGGCUGGACUGUUUUAUUUUGAUAAUAGUUUUCGACCAGUUCCUCUAGAACAGCAAUAUAUUGGUAUUACAGAAAAGAAACCUAUUAAACGUUUUGUAUUGAUGAAAGAGAUUUUGUAUGAAAAAGUAAUGGAACAUGCUGGAAAAAAUCAAGUUUUAAUAUUUGUUCAUUCAAGAAAAGAAACAGGUAAAACUGCUCGAGAAAUUCGUGAUAUGUGUUUAGAAAAGGAUACUCUUGGCCAGUUUCUACGCGGUGGAUCAGCAUCUACUGCUGUCUUAGAAACAGAAGCAAAUCAAGUAAAAAAUCUAGAAUUAAAAGAUUUAUUGCCGUAUGGAUUUGCUAUCCAUCAUGCAGGAAUGAGUCGUGUGGAUCGUACUCUAGUAGAAGAUUUAUUUGCUGAUCGGCAUAUACAAGUUUUAGUAUCCACUGCUACUUUGGCCUGGGGUGUGAAUUUACCUGCACAUACAGUAAUUAUUAAAGGAACUCAGAUUUACAGCCCUGAAAAAGGUCGUUGGGUUGAGUUAGGAGCAUUGGAUGUUCUUCAGAUGCUUGGGCGAGCUGGAAGACCUCAGUAUGAUACCAAAGGUGAGGGUAUAUUAAUAACAAAUCACAGUGAACUGCAGUAUUAUCUGUCCCUAUUGAAUCAACAACUUCCUGUAGAAAGUCAGUUAAUAAGCAAACUUCCUGAUAUGCUUAAUGCUGAAAUUGUUUUAGGAAACAUUCAGAAUAUGAAGGAAGCUGUCACUUGGCUUGGAUAUACAUACUUGUACAUUCGUAUGUUGCGAAGUCCAAAUCUUUAUGGUAUCCAUGAUACUUCUGAAGAUCAACUUUUGGAAAAACACCGUGCUGAUUUAAUUUAUACUGCUGCUACUUUACUUGAUAAAAGUAACUUAUGUAAGUUUGAUAAAAAGGCUGGAGGUUUCCAAGUUACAGAAAUUGGUAGAAUUGCAAGUCAUUAUUACAUUACUUAUGAAACUAUGACUGUAUAUACUCAAUUACUCAAACAAACAUUGAGUGAGAUUGAAUUGUUCAGAGUAUUUUCUUUGUCUAGUGAAUUUAAAAAUUUGACUAUACGAGAAGAGGAAAAACUAGAAUUGCAAAAACUUAUGGAAAGAGUCCCUAUACCAAUCAAAGAAAGCAUUGAAGAACCCAGUGCUAAAGUUAAUGUAUUACUGCAGGCUUAUAUAUCUCAACUAAAACUUGAAGGUCUUGCAUUGAUGGCUGAUAUGAUUUACAUUACUCAAAGUGCAGAUCGUCUGAUGCGAGCAAUAUUUGAAAUUGUUUUGCAUCGUGGUUGGGCUCAGUUAACUGACAAAGCUUUGAGUUUGUGCAAGAUGAUUAAACGAAGAAUGUGGCAAUCCAUGUCACCAUUACGUCAGUUUAAAAAGAUUCCUGAUGAAGUUAUAAAAAAAAUUGAAAAGAAGAACUUUCCAUUUGAACGCCUUUAUGAUCUUGGGCCGAAUGAAAUUGGUGAAUUUCUCAGAAUGCCCAAAUUGGGCAAAACUGUCCAUAAAUAUGUUCACCAAUUUCCUAAGUUGGAACUUUCUGCUCACAUCCAACCUGUUACUCGAGCAACUUUGCGAGUAGAAUUAACUAUAACACCAGAUUUUCAGUGGGAUGAAAAAGUUCAUGGAAGUUCUGAGGCAUUUUGGAUCCUUGUUGAAGACGUAGACAGUGAAGUUAUUCUUCAUCAUGAGUACUUUCUCCUUAAAAGUAAAUUUUGUCAAGAUGAACACAUUGUUAAAUUUUUUGUUCCUGUUUUUGAGCCUCUUCCACCCCAAUACUUUAUUCGUAUAGUUUCAGAUCAAUGGAUAGGCUCCGAAACUCAGUUGCCAGUAUCUUUCCGCCACCUCAUCUUACCAGAAAAAUAUCCACCACCUACUGAGCUAUUGGACCUGCAACCUCUUCCUGUUUCAGCUUUACGAAAUCCUUUCUUUGAAUCGCUUUACAAAGAUAAAUUUCCUUACUUCAAUCCUAUUCAAACUCAAGUAUUUAACUCGGUCUACAAUAGUGAUGACAAUGUAUUUAUUGGUGCCCCUACAGGCAGUGGUAAGACAAUAUGUGCUGAAUUUGCUGUCUUGCGUCUACUGUCUCAAAAUCCAGAUGGCCGGUGUGUUUAUGUGACACCAAAGGAACCACUUGCUGAUAUAAUUUAUGCUGAUUGGACUGCUAAGUUUGCUAACGCCAUGGGUAAAAAAGUAGUUAUCCUUACAGGAGAAACUGGUACAGAUUUAAAACUUCUAGCCAGAGGUAAUAUAAUUAUCAGUACACCAGAAAAAUGGGAUGUUCUUUCAAGAAGAUGGAAGCAACGAAAAAAUGUUCAGAAUAUUAAUUUGUUUAUUGUUGAUGAGCUACAGUUGAUUGGAGGUGAGGAUGGUCCUAUACUUGAAGUCAUUUGUUCUCGAAUGAGAUACAUAUCAUCCCAAAUUGAAAAGCCAAUCAGGAUUGUAGCUUUGAGCUCUUCACUUGCUAAUGCAAAAGAUGUUGCUCAGUGGCUUGGUUGUAAUCAAAAUUCAACUUUUAACUUCCCACCAAAUGUUAGACCUGUCCAGCUUGAACUCCACAUCCAGGGUUUUAAUAUAACACACAAUGCAUCACGAUUGCUUGCCAUGAGUAAACCUGUUUAUCAAGCUAUAACUAGACUGUCACCUAGAAAACCUGUCAUUGUAUUUGUGCCAUCUCGUAAACAGUCUCGUUUAACAGCCAUUGAUAUUCUUACUUACUGUGCUUCUGAAGCUCAACCUGCUCGUUUCCUACAUUGCACAGAUGAAGAUAUUCAACCAUUUGUUGAUAAAAUUGUAGAUAAAACCUUGAAAGAAACUAUAAGUAAUGGAGUAGCAUAUUUGCAUGAAGGAUUGAAUGCAACAGACAGUAAAAUAAUUGGCCAACUCUUUGAAAGUGGAGCUAUUCAGGUUGUUGUUGUUUCGAGAAACCUCUGUUGGGGUUUGUCGCUUGCUGCCCAUUUGGUUGUUAUCAUGGAUACACAAUAUUAUAAUGGAAAAAUUCACACAUAUGAAGAUUAUUCCAUAACCGAUGUGCUGCAAAUGGUUGGACGAGCAAAUCGGCCUACCAUUGAUGACGAUGGAAAAUGUGUGCUCUUGUGUCAAAGUUCGAAGAAAGACUUUUUCAUGAAGUUUUUAUAUGAGCCAUUGCCAGUUGAAAGCCAUCUCGAUCAUUGUCUUCAUGAUCAUUUUAAUGCUGAAAUUGUUACCAAAACCAUUGAUAAUAAACAAGAUGCAGUUGAUUACCUAACUUGGACAUUCUUAUACCGUCGGAUGACACAAAAUCCCAACUAUUACAACUUGCAGGGAGUAACUCAUCGUCAUUUGUCUGAUCAUUUAUCAGAGCUUGUGGAAAAUACUCUAAGUGAUUUGGAACAAUCUCGUUGCAUAAGUAUUGAAGAAAACGAGAUGGAUGUUGUUGGCUUGAAUUUAGGAAUGAUUGCUGCUUAUUAUUAUGUCAAUUACACAACCAUUGAAUUAUUCAGCAUGUCCCUGAACAACAAAACCAAAGUUAGGGGUUUGCUUGAAAUCAUAAGCUCUGCUGCUGAAUAUGAAUGUGUACCCAUUCGUCACCGUGAAGACAACCUUUUAAAACAACUAGCUACCAGGUUGCCUCAUAAAUUAGCUAAUCCAAAAUUCAGUGAUCCACAUGUUAAAACAAAUUUACUACUACAAGCGCACUUAUCUCGCAUGCAAUUAUCAGCUGAACUGCAAUCUGAUACAGAGGAUAUUUUGAGUAAAGCUAUAAGGUUAAUCCAAGCCUGUGUUGAUGUCCUCAGUUCUAAUGGUUGGCUAUCUCCAGCUUUGGCAGCCAUGGAACUAGCUCAAAUGGUCACCCAAGCCAUGUGGAACAAGGAUUCAUAUCUGAAACAGUUGCCUCAUUUCACAUCAGAAAUAAUAAAGAGAUGUACAGAUAAUGGAGUAGAAACUGUGUUUGAUGUUAUGGAAUUAGAAGAUGAAGACAGAAACAAAUUGUUGCAGUUAAAUGAUGCACAGAUGGCUGAUGUCGCUAGGUUUUGUAAUAGAUAUCCUAAUAUUGAACUUAGCUAUGAAGUCCAAGACAAAGAAGCCAUCGUUAGUGGACAGAAAGUUUAUGUUAAUGUUCAACUCGAAAGAGAAGAUGAAGUUACAGGUCCAGUCAUAGCACCUUUGUUCCCUCAACGACGUGAAGAAGGUUGGUGGGUUGUAAUUGGUGAUCCAAAAACCAAUUCUCUGAUCUCCAUCAAGAGACUUACUUUGCAACAGAAAGCUAAAGUAAAACUUGAUUUUGUUGCUCCAAGCCCAGGUGAACAUACAUAUACAUUGUACUAUAUGAGUGAUUCAUACAUGGGAUGUGAUCAAGAGUAUCGAUUUAAUAUUAAGGUGAAUGAAUAACUGAAAUCAUUGCCAAAACUUAUACUUUUGUCUCCUAAUUUUAUGUAUGGGAAGGAAUUGUUUUUGACACAUUUUGUAUCUUAUUCAUCCUCAUUUUGGUACUUGAUCAAGAAAUUCUUCAUAUGUAUAAAAGUAUAUUGAAUAAAUGUAUUAAUACAAUAUUCUAUGUAAAAAAAUAAAUUUCUUUUUAUUAAA